AGUGGGUCAUAAGAACCACUACUUUCUCUAUCGCCUCUCACAGAUAAAUUACUUCGAUCCUCGGGAACGUAAUUCUUUGAAGAGAUCGAAGGAGCUUCAGCAUGGUGUCCGGCGGACGACAGAUCUUGGGUUUGGCGCUGGCCACCUUCGGCUUCCUGGGGAGCAUCAUCAUCUGCGCUCUCCCCACCUGGAAAGUCACAGCCUUCAUCGGUGCCAACAUCGUCACCUCUCAGGUGAUCUGGGAGGGUUUGUGGAUGAACUGUGUGACGCAGAGUACUGGUCAGAUGCAGUGCAAAGUCUACGAUUCUCUGCUGGCUUUACCCCAAGACCUGCAGGCUGCCAGGGCGCUCACUGUCAUCGCCAUCAUCGUCGGGGUCUUUGGGAUCCUGCUCGGUGUGGUUGGGGGCAAGUGCACCAACUUUGUGGAGGAUGAAAGGCAAAAAUCCAAAGUGGCCAUCGCUUCUGGAAUCGUCUUCCUCAUCGCAGGCCUCUUGGUGCUCAUACCUGUCUGCUGGACUGCCAACACCAUCAUUCGCGAUUUCUACAACCCAGUUCUGACCAACCCUCAGAGGAGGGAGUUGGGGGCUUCGCUCUACACAAUGGCCUCCAUGGGGAUGCAGAUGUUGGCCAGUGCACUGUGCCUCCUGGGUUGGGCAGGGGUCAUCAUUAGCUGCGUACUUCCUAUGUGGAAAGUCACCGCCUUCGUGGGCAGCACCAUCGUCACCUCCCAGACCGUCUGGGAGGGCAUCUGGAUGACCUGCGUGGUCCAGAGCACCGGCCAGAUCCAGUGCAAACCCUACGAGUCCCUCCUUGCUCUGGGCUCCGACCUCCAGGCCGCCAGGGCUCUCACCGUCCUCGCAAUCGCUACAGGCAGCGUAGGCCUCAUUCUGGCCUUCGUUGGAGGAAAGUGCACUCGCUUCUUGGAUGAAGAAGGAUAUGGGGUCAAGGGCAAGGUGGCUGUAGCAGCAGGGGGUGUGCUGAUAGCCACAGGGGUCCUCUGUUUGAUUCCUACUUCUUGGGCAGCCGGAGUGGUGGUGAGGAAGUUCUACAGCGCUUCCAUAGAUGCUCAGCGGCGGGAGAUCGGAGCCUGUCUGUAUAUUGGCUGGGGAGCUUCCAUCCUGCUUAUUCUGGGAGGGGGUUUGUUCAUCAGCUCAGCGUGCCCCAUCAAAGCCCAUGACGUGGACAAGAGCCCCUCCGUCCGCUACCUGGUGGUCCGUUCCUCCAACGGGUCGACCCAGCCGGGGUCUCAUCACAGCAGGGUACCAUCGGGAAAGUCUCAGCCCAUCGGAGCGACUACGAGGCCUCAGCAGUACACGAGGCCUCCGUGGGAGGAUGAGCCAGAUCAGGGCUCAAGACAACAGUCAGAAAGAUCAUGGGCACCAUCAACAAAGUCACAAAUGAAGAGACCGGAGUCGAUAAAAUCUGAACACAGUGAGGCUCCGUCCACAAAGUCUCAGCUGAAACGAGUAGAGAUGGAAGAGACUUUAUCAGUCAAGAGUGAAAAUGAGGAUGCAUCUUCAAACCCAGCAAGGACAUACCUAUAAGAUGACCACAUUCUUAUUAAUAUGCUCUUAUGUUUACACACAUAAUACAGUUUACUAUAACUAAUAGUUAUUUAGAAGUAGUAGUUUGCUGAUUUUGUGUUUGUUUAUUUACAUGAAGUAGUUCAAGAGUUCAGAAUUUUAUUUAGCUAUAACUAUACUUUGUAAAGUUUAGUUUUUAAAGGACAGAAGGAAAAAGUUCUGGACUACUUUCAUCAACAUGAAGGAAAAACACAGCUUUAAUAGGCUGCAUGUGAAAGACUGACCACCAAGUAAAUCAAGUGAAGUGUGUCUUGUUUUUCAAAAUGUUUUACUAAACAUUGCUGAAAACACAUUUUGACAUGUCAGGGUGAAACAUCACACUGGUAUCACCUUUUUCUAUCUCUGUUUAAAUGCCCUAAAUGAAGAUAGGUCAGUCUGCAUUUAGACUAUUUAGGAUUUUGUUUAUGUUGGACAUAUGACAACAACAUGCAACAUGAGCAAAGAAGUGGCUACACAAUUGUGCUUCAUUUUAGUUUUUUUUUUAAAUGAUAGCAUUACAUUUUUUAAUAUGACCAUUUGC